AUGGUAACUGUUCUUACUGAAAACGCUAUGAAACCUGUUGGGCCAUAUUCCCAGGCAAUCACAACACCGCACGCGAUUUACUGCUCUGGUCAACUACCGGCAGAUGCACAAGGCAAUCUUAUUGAAGGAACUGUAGCCGAAAAAACACGAGCGUGUAUUAACGCGUUGUCGGCUGUACUUGAUAGCGCAGGCUCAGGUCUCAAUAGGAUCGUCAAGGUGCAGAUUUUUCUCACAGAUAUGGCGGACUUCCCAGAGAUGAAUGAGGAGUAUGAGAAAUUGAUAUCCCAUAAGCCAGCAAGAAGCUGUGUCGCAGUCAAAGAGCUGCCAAAAGGUGUCAAUAUUGAAAUUGAAUGUAUUGCUUUACCAGGAAAACGAGAUGGUUGUCGACGACCAAAACCUGAUACUUUUGUAUCUGCUCCGGAGAACGGCCCAGAAAUAUGA